AUCCCAUGGGUUGCAGAAGCACAAGAGGGUGUGCUGGAUCUGGGAUGAAUGCUUUUCAGCAGGCAGCCUUAGCCAUGCACAUUGACAAAACCCUUCGCUUCUCAGUAGCUCCUGGCUCGCUGUCCCGUCCCCUGGGCAGAACCUUGUGACAGCAGGAGAGCAGCAUGAAAUGCUAUGGUCCUCCUGCUGCAAGCUCCAUCCUCCCUUCACACUGCCUCUCCCCUUUGCAGGGACUGUGAGCUCUGCUGCCCGUGAGCAUUCGGCACACCCUGAUUGCCAGUGCCUGUUCCAGGUUACUCCAGCGUGUCUCUGGACCGGACUAAGGAUCGCCUGGUCACCAUGGUCCUGGGUGUGAGUCCCCGACGUCACCUCCUGGUGAUGCUGCUUUGCCUCCUGGGCAUUUCCUGCCAGGCGCGGGCUGGGACGGACGCCUCACUGCAGCCUGCUGUCACUGCAGCUUCCUUUCUGCAGGAUCUCCUGCACCGGUACGGCGAGAGCGACGUGCUGACCGUGCAGCAGCUCAAGGCUCUGCUAAAUCGCCUCGACGUGGGGGUGGGGCAUGAGAACGUCUCCCGAUCAGAGCUGCAGCGCAGGAACAUCUCCCGGUGCUUCAGCUCCUCUGAGCUCCUCACCACCCACAACCUGAGCGAAGGGUCCCAUGUUGGCCCGAGCAAGUUCCAGGAGUUCUGUCCAACCAUCCUUCAGCAGCUAGAGUCUCGGGCAUGCACGGCAGAGAACCUGGAGAACAAAGAGAAUGAGCAGACGGAGAAGGGGAAACCCAGCUCGGUGGAAGUCUGGGGUUACGGUUUCCUCUGCGUGACCGUCAUCUCCCUCUGCUCCCUGGUGGGAGCCAGCGUGGUGCCCUUCAUGAAGAAGACCUUUUACAAGCGGCUGCUCCUCUACUUCAUAGCUCUGGCGAUUGGAACUCUCUUCUCCAAUGCCCUCUUCCAGCUCAUCCCGGAGGCCUUUGGAUUCAACCCUCAGAAGGCUGAUUGUUUCUCCAAAUCUGCAGUGGUCUUUGGGGGCUUUUACUUGUUCUUUUUCACAGAGAAAAUCCUGAAGAUGCUUCUCAAGCAGAAAGAUCAGCACCAUCAUGGGCACAGCCACUACAGCCCUGAGACCCUCCCCUCCAAGAAGGACCAGGAGGAAGGGGUCACUGAAAAACUGCAGAAUGGGGACAUGGAUCACAUGAUCCCUCACAGAACCAGUGAGCUAGAGUGCAAGAAUCCAACUGUGGAUGAGAAGGUCAUUGUGGGCUCUCUGUCUGUCCAGGACCUGCAGUCUUCCCAAAGUGCGUGCUACUGGCUGAAGGGGGUGCGAUACUCUGACAUUGGCACGCUGGCCUGGAUGAUCACCCUGAGUGAUGGGCUCCACAACUUCAUUGACGGCCUGGCCAUCGGUGCCUCCUUCACCGUGUCUGUCUUCCAAGGGAUCAGCACCUCCGUGGCCAUCCUCUGUGAAGAGUUCCCCCACGAGCUGGGUGACUUUGUCAUCCUGCUAAACGCCGGAAUGACAAUCCAGCAGGCGCUCUUCUUCAACUUCAUCUCGGCCUGCUGCUGCUACCUAGGACUGGCCUUCGGGAUCCUGGCCGGCAGCCACUUCUCUGCUAACUGGAUCUUUGCUCUGGCUGGUGGGAUGUUCCUCUACAUUGCAUUGGCUGACAUGUUCCCGGAGAUGAAUGAAGUGAGUCAGGAGGACGAACGGAAUGGCAACGCCUUGAUCGCCUUCGCUAUCCAGAAUGCAGGGCUGCUGACGGGAUUCGUUAUUAUGCUGCUGCUCACCAUGUUCUCGGGCCAGAUCCAGAUAGGGUAGGGAUGGACCUGGUUUGACUGGGCUUCCCCAUCCUCAAGCAUAUGAGCUGACAGCACCUGUGUGAAACAUCAGCAUUGCAAAAGCACUACAGAAAAGAGGCAUUUUUUUAAAAACUAUCCCAUAGACUUUGUAUUGUUUAUUUCAGGGGGCUGAUGAAGCUCCUUGCCCUAGAUCUAUAGUGACCCAAGGACCUGUUUCCAGUGUAGCAUCUCUUCUACUCUCUUUGCAUCAAAGGGACUCCUGGGAAGGACGUGUGAGAGGAUCAGGAGAAUGGGCUCUCUGGCUGUAUCGCUCCCUUCAGAGAGCUCCAGCCAUGGACAUUACUUCUUCCUUUCCUCUUCGAGUGGCUGCGGAUGGAUGUGGUAUUGGUGCUGGACGGGAGGCUACUUUACUAAGCAGACGCUGUUGUUGAGGCUUGUACUCAUCCAUCCCUCAUACUCAAUCCCUCCACAGGCAAUGGAAAUGUGAGGCAUAGGAACAACCGUGAGUCCCAGGACAGCCCCAGUAUUUACAUCCGUUACCUGUAGCCUCCGAUGCUCUGGUUGUGCCAGUAGCCGGUGUUUCUCUUUAAGAUGGGGAGCAUGCCUGCCUUUUGGACCUAAAUAUGUAGUCGAGACCUGUUCAAGAGUGGCUCUCUUCAUCCAAAAGCUUCCCUUGCCAGGGUCUCUGCAGUGUGCGCUGGGCUGGAGGAAGGGGCAGAGUGUGAAAGAGAGAUGAAGAGGUUUGGGAACGUCGCACUGGAGAGGGAAGAGCAAGACCAUAUCCUGCUGCUGUGCUGGAACACUCCUUUUCUGGCACAGAUAGUGGAUACUGAACUGGGCAGGCAGCUUAGGUUUCCCUGCCCCCCUGCUCUCCUAGUCACAGCUGUUGCUGCUCUGGUCUCUUCCCACUUAGCUGCACGGGCAGCACUGAAGAUGCCAGGGCAGGAGAAGUAUUUGACAUGCAGUCAGGCUGGCUUCGGGGUGGGAGUUAUACUUCUGUAGGGAUUUAAUGAACUAUACAGGUGCAUCUGCUGGUCAGAAUUACUGUAAUAGACACUUCUGGGUGGUUUCCAGGAGGUAGAACAGCCAAACACCGCUGCCUCUCACAGGAGUCCCUCCACAAAGAGGAAGAGUGCUUAGAUCCCUCCAUCCUAACUCAGGACACUUUGAGAGCAGAGGGAGUGGAGCUGUGAAGCGAAGAUGCUGCAAGAUCUCACCGUUGCAAGGGAAGAGCAUGGCAGCUGCAAUCAGGCCAGGGCGGUGUGGAACACAAGUCCUGGUGCCAGUUUCUCAGGCCUUCCUGCGAGAGCGAUCCUUACACUGUGACCAGGUUCACUUUGAAUUGGACAUCUGGUUUUAAAUACUGACACUGAGUUUCAAGGUUUUUUUAAAAAUACUGUACUUUUCUUCAGGGCACAGGGUCCCAGGAACACAGUCUCUGGAACUGGAACCCAGCUCUGGGUGGCAGCAGGAAUUGGGAAGGGAGUUAAAGGCAUUUCAGAGCUCUACUUCUGGGCUAGCUUUCCUCCAAUUCACUAGGUGAACCAACUUAUUGUUAAUGUUUGGCCCCUUCAGCUUGGGCAGGGAAUAAGGUUCCAGACUCUGCCUCCCAUGGUUGUGAAUUUAUGGCUACUGACUAACAGAAGUUCCUGCCUCUGCUACUAGCUUGUUGGGUGACCUUGGGCUAGUCACUUCCUCCCCUUUCUGUGCCUCAGUUUCCUCAUCUGAAAAAUGGGCAUAAUGAUGUUGACCUCCAUGGUAAAGUGCUGUGACAUUUACUGAUGGAAAAACAUGAGAUAAGAGCUAGGGAUGAUGAUUAUUCUUAUUUCUGUGAGGGGCAUCAAGUUUAUUGCUGCCACUCUGUCUCUUGUGAUCAUUCCGUCUGCCUGAUUGGCCGCCUGGUGCAUAAGGGAACGGUUGUUGUCCAGUCCCUUGUCUUGUAACUUGUCCAUUGACAAACAAAGUUGUGUUGCCUUGUUAUGCUGUCCUCAUAGCAGAGGCUGAGCAGAAGCAAUUCCUGAUGGUUUCCCCCUGCACCCCUUCAGAAGAAAGGUGAAAGGCCUGUUCGCUUAUCACACCCCAUGCUUUCACACCCCACACCUCAAGGAUUUAGACCCCUCUUUGGUAAACGUGAGCUACACCCAGACCCACUGUCUGCCUCCCUUCAAUGAGGGCAAGCCGAGAUCAGAGUGACUCCAAAGGAAUAGAUCUCAUAACCAAAACCACCUGGGACAACAACUGGCAGGCACAGCCCCUCCAGCAGGAUCAUGACUUGCUUUGACUGACUUCUAAUGUUGAACUUUAACUCGCUCAAUAAAGACUAGACAUCAAACCCCAGUCUCCUGUAGCUGUCAGUCACCUGUUCCACUGCACUAGCAUGAUUGGCCCUAGUGGAGACACACAGCUGGGUAUUAUUUACAUAUGGCAGCAACCAGAGUCCUUGUCUCCUUCGUAGCACUCCUAGUGUCCUUGUAAACACAUUGAACAGUAUAGAAUCCUGUCGUACCUGUGCAUUACAGACUUUUGUUCACAUAACCAAUUAUCCAUAAUAGCCUACUGGGCUAUCCUACUUUAAAAACAGUUUCAGAGCAGCUCUGUCAACUUGGGCAAAGGACCACAGUCUUGUCAGUAGUAUCUCAUGUUUACUGCCUAUAUCUUUAGGUAACUGGCAUGCUGUCUUCCUCCACAGCCAGGAGAAAGUCUUUGCCCCACGCCAUUCUUGCUGUUUAUAGCCCAGACCUAAACCCUAGUUAGUUUACGCCAUCUUUUUAUGAUGCUUCACCAAUGAGUGCUUGAUAUGAGUUCACCCAAACUUUGCCAACUCCAUUUCACCAAACCCUUCCUUGACAUGUUCGUAAAAAGACUAAAACAGGGGCCUUUGGAAAGCAGCAGAACCAUCUCCUUUCCCCUGGAAAAACCAUCAUUGUGGGAUUCCUGGUGCCCAGUUGAGAGGUGAAUGGAAUAGGAUGGCACUCUUGUGAGUCACAUGGGAAAAUUUUUGGUUAGGCCAGCGUCGGUCAUCAACAGCUGACCAGGAGAAGUUCUCAUUGUAACAGUGAGGAGGUCAGCUUCUGGGAACAGUACUUGAGAGGGAAACUGCCCAUGCACUACUAAUGGUAGGAGAGCUGCAGCGUUGUAUCUGAAUUAAGUAGUGUCUGAGGGUACGUCUACACUACAGGAUUAUUCCGAUUUUACAUAAACCGGUUUUGUAAAACAGAUUGUA